AUUAUUGCUGGAUGGUCGAUCAUCAGCUGUUGACGAAUGAGAUGAUCGACGGCCGGCGAGCGCUGGCGCGACGCGUGUUGUCUACGAGAAGCAGUGGACCGCUGCGUCCCUGCUUACUCUCUUCUUCUACUCUGCCACGAGGGAGAGAAGCCAGAGGAAGGAGAACCUGCCGGUCGACGCCGCCACGAUUCCUAUCAGAGGCUCAGACCAGGUGGCUCCUCUCCAGUGCCCAUCCUCCUCGCCUUCCCUGUGGCGCCGCGCGCCGCCCUGGACCCUGCACCCACUGUGACGGUGGCGCUGCCGCUCAACGGCCGCUUCCCUCUCAACAACCUGCUACAGGCGGGAGCGAAUCCCCGUCCCCCCUUGCUGCUGUGCUCUGUCCUCGGCGACGGCUAGGGCUAGCCACCGCUCCAGCCGGCGCACGCGUUAGCUCCAGAGACCGGCGGCCGCCCGCCCAAAGGUUAGUGGAAAGACAAUGGAUGAUGAAGAAGCAGACCUCUCCAGUCAAAUAUUCUUCUCAAACCCAGAGACUUCUACCACACUUGAUGAUUUCCUCCAGACCAUUACAGCAACAUGCACCCACAGUCAUACUUGCAACCCACCUGGUUCGUCAGCGACAGCGCACAAUCAUACAUGCUACCACACUCACAUCCAUGUCUCCGGCACAGAUGAAGUUAGCUGCGCCAGUGACAAAGCCAAGCCAAAGAAGGCGCACAAGCCACUGGGCAACCGUGAGGCCGUGCACAAGUACAGGGAGAAGAAGAAGGCUCAUACAACAUACCUGGAAGAGGAAGUGAAGAAGCUCCGAGUGAUCAACCAGCAGCUGCUGAAGAAGUUGCAAGGGAUGGCUGCGCUUGAAGCAGAGGUGAGGCGGUUGAAGACCUUAUUGAUCGACGUCCGAGCCAAGAUUGAUGGUGCAUUAGGUAAUUAUCCUUUCCAAACACAAUGUGUUGCUGGAGAUGGUUUGAGUUGCGAUGGAAUGGCGCAGUGUUUUGUGGUGAAGGGGGUGAGUGGCAGCUGUGAACCUGCUGUGAUGAAUUGCCAUGUCAAUCCAGAUUCAGGUCAGAACUUGGGAAUGCCAAAUUAAGCCCUGGCGAUGUUAUCAAAAGCUUUUUAAUCUUCUAGUGCCAGCUGAGUAGGUCUUGUAGAUAUAUUUUUCUUUUGUUUGUAGCUUGUUGUUAGAUAGAAGAUAAAACAAUACAUCAGUCCAGGUAGUGUUGAUGCCCUGUUGCCUUUGUUGAUGGCAAUUACCCCUGGUGUAGCUAGUUUUCAAGUUCCGUGCCAAAUGUACCUUGUUCUUUUCUUUUCUAUUCAUGCUCGUAGAAUGAACAUUGAAGCAUAAAGUCUCCUAAUCGUGCCACGAUAGUCGUGUUUCUUGAGUAGUUUAUAUUGUUUCUAUAUAUGCAGGUCUAUUUGC